UAUUAUUUUUCUCACCGGAAGUUAAAAUGUCAAAAAAUUCGAUCUACUUAUUUAUCUGUUUAUGCUAUAUAGAUUGAAGACAAAAGAUUACGUCUUUGUAAAAGAUAUAUGAUCCGGAACUGAGCAUGCCUGGAGAUAAUGCAAACAAAGCUAAACAGAAGCUGGAACGUGGGAACAGACGACAUCAAAUGAGAACUGACGUGACAGGAAUGAGUAGAUAUGAGUCAGAAUGCGAAGGGUUCUUACCUACAGAACAAAGAGAAAAACUUCACAAUUUGUUUGGUCAGAUUGAAAAAGAAUUUGAAAGUUUGUAUGCAGAAAACCAGGCAUUGAGUGAAAGAAUAGAAGUUCUAGAAAGACUUGAAAGUGAAAAAACAUUAACAGAUAGUCUAGAUGCACCAGAUCUUGGUGCCAGCAAACCUAAAAGAGCUACACAAAUAUCACAGAAGAUAAAGACAACCUACAAAGCUUCUACCAGUAAAAUAGUCUCCAGUUUUAGAAAUCCUUCCCCUAAUUAUUCUGUUAUUAGGAGUUAUAGAGGUCACAGAGAUGGUGUAUGGGAGGUCAGUGUGUCAAGGUCAAGUCAACCAGUCCUUGGAACAGCUUCAGCAGACAACACUGCAAGAAUAUGGUGCAUUGGUACCAAUCAAUGUUUACUGCAAUACAUUGGUCACCAGGGGUCAGUCAACUCAAUGAGAUUCCAUCCAAACCAGGAACUGGCUUUAACUGGUUCAGGAGAUCAGACAGCACAUAUAUGGGGAGCACAUGUCAGUCCAUUGUCUCAGAAUGUUGUUAAAUCCCACUCUUCAGGAGAAGAUGAUAUUGAUGGAUCUGAAAAAGAAGAUGUUGUUGAUGAUAUGUGUGAUCAGAUUCAGGAGGUUAGCACAUUAAGAACACCAACUAUGGAAUUGUCUGGUCACAUGGGAGUCGUAGUAGCUGCUGAUUGGAUGGCAGAAGGAAGUCAGGUGAUAACUGCAUCAUGGGAUAGAUCAGCCAUUCUGUUUGAUGCAGAAACUGGGGAACAAAUCAUAACAUUAACUGGUCAUGACCAAGAAUUAACUGAUGUGAGAGCUCAUCCUACACAGAGAUUGGCUGUGACAUCAUCAAAGGACACAACCUUCAGAUUGUUUGAUAUGAGGGAUCCAAAUCUUCUUGUAAAUGUCUUCCAGGGACACUCACAACCUGUAACAAGUGCUGUUUUUGCUGGAAGUGAAAAUGUUGUGUCUGGUAGUGAUGAUAGAACUGUAAAAGUAUGGGAUCUGAAAAAUAUGAGAUCACCCAUAGCAACCAUUAGAACAGACUCAUCAGUAAAUAGAUUAGCAGUAUCAGGUAGCCACAAUUGUAUAGCUAUACCUCAUGAUAAUAGACAUAUAAGGUUGUAUGAUAUCCAUGGUAACAGAAUUGGGAGGUUGCCAAGAAGUAAUAGACAGGGUCAUAGUAAGAUGGUGACAUCAGUAUGCUGGUCUGAGACAGAAAAUACAGUGUGCAAUCUCUUCUCAUGUGGUUUUGAUAGACAAGUACUAGGAUGGACUAUUAAUUUUCAAAGUAAAGAAUGAAUAACUUUGAAAUAGAGAAAAUACAUAUGUGUGAUUAGUGCAAUACUUUAAGUGGAUAUGUUAUCUGUUAACAGUGGAUAUAAUGUGUUAUCUGUCAACAGAUAUCUGACUUUAUGCUUAUAUUGAUUGAGAUUAUACUUGCUUGUUUUCUCCUUAGUGUAUUUGUCUUUGUUUACAACCACCAGGAGUAUAUGGAAAUAUAUGUAUAAAAAUGU